AUGUUCCGCUCAUCCCGCGCCGCUCGCCCUCCCCCGCUGGAGCUCGACGCUUUCCAGGGCAUGUCCCGCGACUCGCUCGACUCACCACUCUUCUCCCCAUCAAAGAGAGUCGGGACAAGCUCCACCGCCGCCACAAGCCCCCAGUCCAUCUCCUCCCCCCAGCGCAGGACCUCCUUCGGCUUCAUCAAGUCCUCGCCCACCGUCAACGUCCACACCACCUGCGGCCGCCACACCGACCAGCUGCUCUUCGGGGGUCCCUCCCUGUCCGGCCUCGCACGCACCUUUUUGUGGAAGAAGAAGCAGAGGCGGGUUUCGAGCAACUGA